UUUGCAUAAUUUAAAAUGUCACCCGGGCCUAUCAACUGAUGAGGCCUCAGGAAGGUGGGUCUGAAAGAUAACAGCGUGCACACUGGAGCUAUAGACGGCCACUUUCACUCCUCCUGAGGGCUUUUCCUGUACUGACUUUUGCUCGCCAGCUCAUGAUCUCAGGAUGUACGAAAAAAUAAUCAUUGUAUUACUACUGUCAGGUUUUAUUUCUGCACAGACUAUUGCAACUGGGUCACCACCAAUAGCAGGUACAAGCGACUUAUCAACUAUCACUUCUGCUGCUACACCGACAUUUACUAGAGAACAGGAUGGAGGACUACAACUUGCUCAUGAUUUCUCACAACCAGUGAUAACAGUCAUUAUUUUGGGGGUGAUGGCUGGUAUCAUUGGAAUUAUCCUCCUUCUUGCUUAUGUUUGUCGCAGGCUGAGAAAGAGACCUCCAGCUGAUGUACCACCUCCAGCAUCACAAGUACCUUCGGCUGAUGCACCACCUCCAGUGUCAGAAGACACAAGCACUAAUUUAACUUCUGUAGAAACAGACUAUCCAGGAAAUAGUCAAUGAGAAUCUGCUCACCAAGCCAGUUUUUGGAAGAACAUAAAGACACAAGACUUCAGUCAAGUGAAAAAUAAACAUGUAAAUUAGACACUCCAAUAAUUGUAUACCUUCACAAGUUAUACAAUUUCAGGAUGAAAAUUUCAUCAUGAGUCCAAUGACUCAAUGAUGAAAUACGUCUCUAUUCAGUAAUAUUUCAAAAUGAAGACCAAAUAUUUCCUUUCAUUCUUGCUUUUGUGUGUUAGCAUAAUUUUUUUUUCCUUUUUUUUUUUUUGUUUUGAGGAAGAUCAGCCCUGAGCUAACAUCUGCUGCCAAUCCUCCUCUUUUUUGCUGAGGAAGACUGGCCCUGAGCUAAGAUCCAUGCCCAUCUCCCUCUACUUUAUAUGUGGGACACCUGCCACAGCAUGGCUUGCCAAGCAGUGCCAUGGCCGCACCCAGGAUCCGAACCGGCGAACCCUGGGCCACCAAAGUGGAACGUGUGCACUUAACUACUGAGCCACCAGGCCAGCCCCAGCAUAAUUUUUUAUAAUUAAUUGAUUUGCAGUUCUGGUCCAAAACUUCAGUGGGCUUCAUCUGCAGUUCUUUAAGACUGACUUAUUCUAUUCUAUUGUGUUUUAAAGAUUGUGUUGUCAAAUGAAAGGCUUGUAAUAUCUAGAGGAAAUCUAAGUUCUCUUCUCUUCUCAUUCUAAACUUCUAAGUCUAUUUUUAUUGUAUUGAGUAAAUUAGGGGAACACUAAAAUCUUAUCAUUUCCCCCAUUGCUGAAGAGGCAAGAUAUGGUAUUACACUAAUGAUGAUGGUAUUUUAGUCACAUUGAUAAAGCUUGCUCUUGGAAAUGCCUUUCAUACAUACAUAUAUGUAUAUACUUAGAUAAAGAUGUAGACAUGGAUAUAUAAAAUGACACCCACAUUCAUCCUUUAAUGCAUAAAUCAAUACAAAAAUUUUUCCUAUUUAAAAAAAAUGAAACAUUACAUAUGGAUAAAUGGCCCAUUUAAAAUAGUUGGUCUGACAGGACCCUUCACAGCACUCACUGAUGCAUUCACCGUGUUCCACUAAAGACUUAUUUAUGGAAGUGGUUAGAGUAUCCUGAGAAAGAAAACUAUUGAUGACUUUUCCUUGCAAAAGAAACUUAACUCCAUAAAUACAAGAAGAUGUGCAAACUUGACAUACAGGUGAAUAUUUUAAUAGGUCACUCUGUAUUCUCAAUUAAAUUCUUUAAUCCAUCCA